CAGUGUCACAAAACGUUACCAAAUGAGCUUAACAACUGAAUAAAAUGUUUCAUCCUAUUUUUAGAUUGAAGAGUUUUUUAAAAAAUAAAAUAUGAAUUUGCAUCGCUGAAAACCACAACGUUUUCAUUGGAAACAGAUUCGCAAGAUAUCGGAAAAAUAAUACCUUUUUUUAAAUCUUAGUUGGAAAAUUUUCAAAAUUUGUGGAAAUUUGUUAAGCAUUGUUUUUUUGUCAAAAGUUAUUUAUUUUUUAAUACAGAAAUGAUGCAACCCAAAGUGAUGGAAAAUGUGAGUUUUGUAUGUUCUAUUUGUUAAAACUCAAAUCAGAGUUUAAAAAAAUCGAGAUAUAUAUAGAAGCCUGUAAAAAGUAGCUGAAAUCUAGGACACUUGGAGAGGCAAAAAGUUUUUGAAACUACCAUCAAAUAAAAGAAAUAAGUUCAUAACAAGGGUGUGCGGUAAUUUUGCCGAAUUUGUCGAAGUUUGCGUUUGCUGAGCUUGGAAAAUAUGCCGAAUUUGCCGAGCUUGGCAAGUUUUGAGUUUUGCCACACACCCCAGGUCCCAUAAUACAAACUCCAAAAAAUCCAGAGAAGUACAAAGAAAGUUAACAAUUUUGACCCAGCACUUUUUGCAAUUCUAAAUAAUCGGAGAAAAUAACAUUGAAAUUGCAAUAUAUGUUUUUAUAAUGAAUUGCAAUAUAUGUUUUUAAAAAAUCAGUGAUGAAAAAAGCCUGAAGAUCUAAAAUUCCCACACAAUUGUAAUGGGGUAUAUUAGAUCUACUGAAUUUACAUUAACAAUUUCAUAAGUAACAACUUUGGUUCACAGAAUAUUUAAAAGAAUGCAACCUUUCUUAUGCAAAAACAUUACAGAGUUGUUAUCAAUCUGAAUUUUAUUAUGAAAGUGACAAUCUCAUUAGAAUUCCAGUUAAUUUUUUGUACAAACAGCGACUAGUAUUUUUUUUGCAAUCUUCAAGUAACAUUCAAUGUGAAAGUCAACAAAAAAGUAGAACAUUCCCUUUGACGGCACAGAUUUGCUUACCUGCUAUUUGCAUUUUCGACGGGCAGUUAGCCGGCUCGAUUAUCAAGCUUAGCGCGUCUAUAGCAAUGCUAAAAAACCAUAUUAUUUCACUGUUCACACACUGAGACACAAGCACAAUCCUUGCCGCAUUGCAUACAUUCGGGCGCGAGAGACCGGUGUAUGACGACAUAAACGCGCAGGCGUUAGCGGCCAAAAGCAUGAGCUCCAUUCCGGUGGCUCAGAUUGAUUGCGCCGGUGGUCGCAGUCGCGAGCGUAUACCAGCUUUUUCGUACACGCCCCAACGUCUGUCUGGCAAUUCUGAAUUUGCGGAAAAGUUAUUGGCAUACACACGGUCGAUGCAACAUUGGGAAUGAGUACCAUUGGUUUGCGUAAUCGUUGGGAUUCCCCAGAUGCUGAGCCAAAAAACAUCACCUCUCUUCGAACCAUCGAGAAACUUCUCUCCGAUGCCAUUGAAGCACCUCGCCUUGUUUUAUUCGAGAAGAGAGUGAACACCAUUGACCCGUCGUUUUACGACUGUGUGUAUUCGAUCGCAGAUUCUUCAAAUACCAUCACCGAACGAUGUUAUAGAGAUAUUGGAUGCUGUGCUAGUGGAUGUUGCACAAAUACUGAAUGGCAAGAAAAGUACGGAUGGGCUGUUGCACUUAUUUGUAUAUUUUCUCUUGUUGUCAUUCUCACGGUAAUUUGUUGGAUGGGAAUAUGGCUUUGUAAUAGAAGAAAAGACAAGAACCAAAAGAAGGAAUUACUCAAAUUUGGAAGCUCGUCUUCUGUUUCAAAUAUGUCUUUUGCAUAUCCAAUUGCUAAUGGGCAUUAUCAUUUCGGGACCGGACCAUUCCAAUCGCCGCCUUUAAAUUAUCCAACCAAAUAUUAAUUUUUAUUGCAUUACAUAUAUUUUUUCUGUUCUAAACAUUAGUCUAGAUUUAACAAAUCUCGAAAAAUAUUUCGACUUCAUCUUGCUUUUAUAUAUAUAUUUGGACCAUCGGAUAUUCUUUGUCGUUUUCCUUUUCUAUGCGAAAUUCAUUUUUGCGAUGAAUAAAUUUGACUCA